CUACCCUCCCUUCUUUCCCAUCCAAUUUUUCCGACCAACAGCUGGAGCUGACUUCCGCAAUUCCAAUGGAAUAAAUCCAGCACCCCUAGUCAUCCGCUCACAUUAUCCACAGUUCCCUGCAGAAACGAGCCCAGAGAACAGAUCCCAGCCAGCAGGAUGUGGGGGCUCAAGGUUCUUCUGCUGCUGCCCCUGGCGAGCUUUGCUCUAACCCCCGAGGAGAUACUGGACACGCAAUGGGAGCUGUGGAAGAAGACCUACAGGAGGCAGUAUAAUAGCAAGGUGGAUGAAACCUCUCGGCGUUUAAUUUGGGAAAAAAACCUGAAGCACAUUUCCAUCCAUAACCUUGAGGCCUCCCUUGGCGUCCAUAGCUAUGAACUGGCCAUGAACCACUUGGGGGACAUGACCAGUGAAGAGGUGGUUCAGCAGAUGACUGGACUCAAAGUACCCCCAUCUCGUUCCCGCAGUAACGACACCCUCUACAUCCCAGACUGGGAAGGCAAAGUCCCAGCUUCGAUCGAUUAUCGAAAGAAGGGAUACGUCACUCCCGUCAAAAACCAGGGUCAGUGUGGCUCCUGCUGGGCGUUUAGCUCUGUGGGUGCCCUGGAGGGCCAGCUCAAGAAGAAAACUGGCGAACUCUUAAAUCUGAGUCCCCAGAACCUGGUGGAUUGUGUGUCUGAGAAUGAUGGCUGCGGAGGGGGCUACAUGACCAACGCCUUCCAGUACGUGCAAAAGAACCGGGGCAUCGACUCUGAAGAUGCCUACCCGUAUGUGGGACAGGAUGAAAGUUGUAUGUACAACCCAACAGGCAAAGCAGCCAAGUGCAGAGGGUACAAAGAGAUCCCCGAGGGGAAUGAAAAAGCCCUGAAGAGGGCGGUGGCCCGUGUGGGACCCGUCUCUGUGGCCAUCGAUGCAAGCCUGACCUCCUUCCAGUUUUACAGCAAAGGUGUGUAUUAUGAUGAAAACUGCAACAGCGAUAAUCUGAACCAUGCGGUUUUGGCCGUGGGAUACGGGAUCCAGAAGGGAAGAAAGCACUGGAUAAUUAAAAACAGCUGGGGAGAAAACUGGGGAAACAAAGGCUAUAUCCUCAUGGCUCGGAAUAAGAACAACGCUUGUGGCAUUGCCAACCUGGCCAGCUUCCCCAAGAUGUGACUCCAGCCGGCCGACCCCACCCUGCUCUUUCAUUCUUUCCACGAUGGUACAAUGGUGCGCCUUACUGAUGGACUUUGGAAGGGAGUUGGUGUGCGUUUCGUGAAGCAGAGGGAGUAAUCCAGAGAUUGUCCAUUCAGUCUCCCCGUUUGUUUGUGCUUCAAGGGACCCUCCUACUGCUUUCCUUUUCUCCACACAAGGCCUUUAGUUUUUCAUUUGAGCCACAGGAGGAAGUUCCCUAACAGGCGUAUUCUUAGGCUAAGAGAGGUGACCACAGCCUGCCCUGACUGUUGUCCUAGGGCGGAUGCUGGGUAAGUAGUUAGAGGCCACAGGUCUUCAGAUAGGCUAGAUUCUCAUUGAACAGUUUGGGGACCAAUGUGACCUUGGAGACUUAGUAGUCUCCAAGUUCACUUCUUUUAUCUCCCAAGGUAGACAUUUCUGUGUUUUAUACCCCAAUUCAUAAAUCUAUUCCUAAAUUGUUGGUACAAGUUAGCAUGAUACAAGAAAUGUGUUUUCUUUUUCCUUCUUUCCGUUUUUAAAGUAAACUGAGUAUUUAUCUCUUGUCUAUAACUUAAUAAAUAGUUAUUUAGUAACCACUCA